AUGGAUAAAUUUCGUAUGAUCUUCCAGUUUCUCCAAGCCAACCAAGAAUCAUUCAUGAAUGGAAUAUGUGGUAUUAUGGCACUUGCGAGUGCCCAGCUAUACACGACAUUCGAUUUCAAUUGCCCAUGCCUUCCGAGCUACAAUUUGUCCUAUGCCAUGGGUGUAUUGUGUGUGCCACCUAUUGUAUUAUUUUUACUUGGAUUUGUUAUGAACAAUAAUGUCUCCAUGCUGGCAGAAGAAUGGAAGAGACCGACGGGCAUGAGGCAAAAAGACUCGGCUGUUCUGCGAUACAUGUUCUGCUCAAUGACACAACGGGCAUUGAUAGCCCCGGCCGUGUGGAUCUCAGUGUCCCUAUUACACGGCGAAUGUUUUAUAUGUGCCUUUAGCACGUCAGUACCUAUUGAGACACUGGGAAACAUGACUGGAGUCACCCUGUCUGAGAAGGAAAUUAAGAGAAUGCUUGCCAGGAUCCCUUGUAAGGACAUUUACGAUGGACAUGAUAUCAUCCCACAAGAAGUGGCAUCAAGAUAUCUGCGCUGUAUCUCACAGGCCUUUGGCUGGACCUUCAUCCUACUGAUGACUUUCUUGGCCUUUCUCAUCAGAGCCAUUCGACCCUGCUUUACACAAGCUGCUUUUCUGAAGAGCAAAUACUGGUCUCACUAUAUUGACAUAGAAAGAAAACUAUUUGAUGAGACCUGCACUGAGCACGCGAAAAGCUUUGCAAAGCUAUGCAUUCAACAAUUUUUUGAGAACAUCAAUCGAGAUUUCACCAUGGGACAUACCAACAUAUUAGAGAAACUAGAGAAAUCGGAGAAAUCAUCAGAGCAAGAAGAAACAGAUAAACUCCUAGGAGUUACCAGCCAGGGGACAAUAAACACCCUUCUACAGAACUGGCACAAAUGUAAACCUCCGCUUAACCUGAAUUCAUAUGAGCAUCAAAAUGGCAAUGGAUGUAUUAAAAAUGAUCACCAGUUCAAUAAUCUCAAUGGACCAAAGAAGGAAAUAGUAACAUAUUACAGCAAAGUUUAG